AUGUCUCCGACACUCUCAAGCGACGUCGACACUCAAAUGUCCCCGACACUCUCAAGUGACGUCGACACUCAAAUGUCUCCGACACUUUCCAGUGCCAUUAACACCCAGAUGUCUCCGACACUCUCAAGUGACUUCGACAUUCAAAUGUCUCUGACACUUUCCAGUGCCAUUAACACUCAAAUGUCUCCGACACUCUCAAGCGACGACACUCAAGCGUCUCUGACACUUUCCAGUGAUAUUAACACUCAGAUGUCUCCGACACUCUCAAGUGACUUCGACAUUCAAAUGUCUCUGACACUUUCCAGUGCCAUUAACACCCAGAUGUCUCCGACACUCUCAAGUGACUUCGACAUUCAAAUGUCUCUGACACUUUCCAGUGACAUUAACACUCAAAUGUCUCCGACACUCUCAAGCGACGUCGACACUCAAGCGUCUCUGACACUUUCCAUGCCAUUAACACCCAGAUGUCUCCGACACUCUCAAGUGACUUCGACAUUCAAAAUGUCUCUGACACUUUCCAGUGCCAUUAACACUCAAAUGUCUCCGACACUCUCAAGCGACGUCGACACUCAAAUGUCUCUGACACUUUCCAGUGACAUUAACACUCAGAUGCCUUCGACACUCUCAAGCGGCGUCGACACUCAAAUGUCUCUGACACUUUCCAGUGCCAUUAACACCCAGAUGUCUCCGACACUCUCAAGUGACUUCGACAUUCGAAUGUCUCUGACACUUUCCAGUGACAUCAACACACAAAGUGUCUCCGACACUUUCAGGCAACAUCCCGCCGACACCCCAGCAGCGCAACCAAGUCUCUCAAUGUGCUGUGGUCUUUACAACCUACGUUUGCUAUUUAGGAGUUAG